ACUCUGGAGCUCCGUUCUGAAGGUUUUACCGUAGACAUCCAAGAAUAUGCCUUCCGAGGAGUUGGAAAGUGCUAAGAGGUGACAUUCCUACUCGGAAUAAGGGAACUACUCUUUUGUCCGACAGGUAUUGACAUUCUGCACAAGAUUAAGACGCUUAUCGGCGCCGGAAUGUGGUGCGGAGCAGGCGCGGCUUAGCCGCCUCAUGUCGACAAACAAGGAAGGACCGGCUGCGACACGAUGAAGAAGGCCCUUCAUUCCCGGGCCUAUUCUGGCUUCCGCGGGCUACUGGUAUUCCCCGGUUAGUAGCCAGUGACUCCGUGUCUCUUCCUCCAGAGCUCAGGAUCUAAGCCUUCAUGGCGGAGGUGAAGGUUAAGGUGCAGCCGCCCGACGCGGAUCCGGUCGAAAUAGAAAACAGGAUUAUAGAACUAUGCCAUCAAUUUCCUCAUGGAAUCACAGACCAAGUAAUUCAGAAUGAAAUGCCUCAUAUAGAAGCCCAACAGCGGGCAGUGGCCAUCAAUAGACUGUUGUCCAUGGGUCAGUUGGAUCUCUUAAGAAGCAAUACAGGCCUUUUAUAUAGAAUAAAGGACUCUCAGAAUGCUGGCUCUGUCUCAUUCUUUUUAAGUAAAAUGAAGGGAUCAGAUAACCAAGAAAAACUAGUAUAUCAAAUUAUAGAGGAUGCAGGAAAUAAAGGAAUAUGGAGCAGAGAUAUUCGAUAUAAAAGUAACUUACCAUUAACAGAAAUCAACAAAAUUCUAAAGAAUUUGGAAAGUAAAAAGCUUAUCAAAGCUGUUAAGUCUGUAGCAGCCUCCAAAAAGAAAGUAUAUAUGCUCUAUAAUCUACAGCCGGACCGGUCUGUGACUGGUGGAGCCUGGUACAGUGACCAAGAUUUUGAAUCUGAAUUUGUAGAAGUACUUAACCAACAGUGUUUCAAAUUCCUGCAAACCAAGGCAGAAACAGCACGAGAAAGCAAACAGAAUCCAAUGAUACAAAGAAAUAGUUCAUUUGCUUCAUCACAUGAAGUAUGGAAAUAUAUCUGUGAACUGGGAAUCAGUAAGGUAGAAUUGUCCAUGGAGGACAUUGAAACCAUCUUGAAUACACUUAUUUAUGAUGGGAAAGUGGAGAUGACUAUCAUUGCUGCAAAAGAAGGCACAGUUGGCAGUGUAGAUGGACAUAUGAAACUGUACAGGGCAGUCAAUCCAAUCAUCCCACCCACAGGUUUAGUUCGAGCACCUUGCGGGCUCUGCCCGGUUUUUGAUGACUGCCAUGAAGGUGGUGAGAUUUCACCAUCUAACUGUAUUUACAUGACAGAAUGGCUUGAAUUUUAAUGGAGAGUGAUGAACUUUACUGACAUGAAAAUGAAGUUGCUUGGAGAGCAGUUUAAUUCAUGAUGGAACAUCAAAUAUCCUUGAAAGCAGAUUCACAGUAAUGGAUGCAGACUUGCUGCUAUGAAAACCUAUUUUUUUGUGAAGACUAAAUUUAUAUUGGUAGAGUGGCCAUCAGAAUAUGAAACAGAUGAGGUUAGUAGUGAAAUCUGUUCUUCAUUAAAUAAAAUAAUUUGAAGCCCUGGAGGACAACAUCUUUUGAAGUUUUCAAGACUUUUGAUGGUUCAAGGAAAAAGAAACCAACAAACCCAUAUUUGCCAAGUACUAUGGAAAUAGCUAGAGCACAGAUUUUAAAGUUAUUUAUUAAGGUCUUCAUUGAAAAAUUUUUUAUAUCUGACUCAUUACCACCAUUUUUGUUUCCUGUUUUCUCAAUGGUUUCAUUGAGAAGAAGUUAAAAGUGGUGGAGACAGGAACAGCAUAAGAGUGUAUGAAAACUUGAAGAAACCUAAAGUAAGGGAGAAUAGAACAUUUCUUUUUUACACACUAUUGAUUCCUUCCUAUAUUAGUAAUAUUCUUUUAAAGGAUUAUGCUACCAUACCUCAAACCCAAAGGAUGAAUAUUGUCAAGGAUGUUUCAGUACAUAAAUAUUAUCAUUUUCAUCAUAAACGGAAUAUUUUCACUAUUCCUUUGUUAAAGUUUUACAAGCUUCAUUCUGUGGCUCAAGUGUAUUCUUCUCCAGAAUUUCCCCAGAUUCUUACAUAAUGUCUACAAUAUUUAUGUGCCUGAACCCUCCCACCUCCACAGAUUGAGAUGUUAAAAUCUAACCCACAAUGUGAUGGUAUUUUAGGCCUUUGGAUGGUGAUAGGUUGAGGGUGGAGUAUUCAUGAAUGGAAUUUGUGCCCUUUUUAAAAAACCCAGAGAGCUCUAUUGCACCUUCUGCCAUGUGAGUACACAGGGAGAUGACAACCAUCUAAAUCAGGAAGUGGUCCUCUCCAGACACCAAAUCUGCCAGUGCCUUGAUCUUGGACAUCCCAGGCUACAGAACUGUGAGAAUUAAAUUUGUUGUUGGUAAAAUACCAGUCUAUAGUAUUCUGUAUAGCACACAGAGGGGACUAAGAAUGUGGAUCCAUUUAACUAAAAUUAAAACUAAACAACCAUUGCUCUUCCAUUCACACUUUAUUUUGAGGAUGGUGGGGUCAGUUCUUAUCCUGUUUUACAUUUAUUUCUUUUCCUUAUUCUGUUCUAAAAAUUAUGGUGUCACAUAAGCAAAAAGCCACUACUGUGUAACUGUCUUGAGUUCUAUUAGCACUUCCAGUUCCAAUCAUCAGCUGUAUAAAAACACUAGGUUAUUUGAUGCAUUGUUGUGCGAUGGAAGCUAUACAACUUUUUAGAAUCUUAGCUGUUGUGUUUUCACUUUGUAGUUUUUGUCCAGGCCAAAAUCACAGAACCACAGAACUAAGUGGAUAACAUCAGAAGAGUUACCUUUGAAAUGAUCAGUAAAAUCCAGCUUAGUAGUCAGUUUUAACAUAUAAACUGUGGCCAGCUUCAUAAAAUUUGCAUUUAAUGACACUAAUUCCUUAUAAUAAAAAUCAUUCACAUAUUGGUAUAUAUAAGAUACAAAAAGAGCUUGGGUAUAGUGGCACAUGCCUGUAAUCCCAGCUGCUUAGGAGGCUGAGACGAGAGGAUUGCGAGUUGAAAGCCAGCCUCAGCAAUGGUGAGGCGCUAACAACUCAGUGAGACCCUGUCUCUAAAUAAAAUACAAAACAGGGCUGGGGAUUUGGCUCAGUGGUUUAGUGCCCCUGAGUUAAAUCCACGGUACACCCUCACACAUACACACACAAAAGAUACAAAAAUAUCUGGAAGCCUGGAACUACAGAGGGUUUCUCUUUCACCCCUAGUGAGAUUUGGAAUGGUAAGAACAAUGUCCUUUGUGGGACUUACCUGACCUAUCAAAGAGGCACUAGGCUUAUAAGAAAUCUGAAUUUGGAUGAGAGUAGAAAUGGGGAGAUGGAACCAGUUUAUGUUUUAAAUACAGACUUCACAAUGUGUCUUAAUAGCCAAUGAUUGAUUUUUAAAAUUGAUAAUCAAUGGCUAAAACAAAAAUAUUUCCUGCCUCAUCAAAAUAAAGAGACUCUUUAAAACUUCUUUUGCUAUAGUUUGUAUUUUAUUUGGAAUAUUAAGGAAAAAGAGACAAUAAUUUAAAAAUACAGCACCUCAGAUAUAUAUUCAAUGGUUUAAUUAUUUUACGGAGAUAAAAUGGGACCAAAACAUGAUAAACUCAGGAAAAUACCAAAAAAUUAAAUUUGUAAAUGAAGUCCUAAUGCUUAGUUGAUUUCCUAUAAGAACAAUUAAGUUCCUUAUUAUUAGAUUUUAGAUAUUUUGUUCACCUGAAGAUAGAGGACUCCCCAAAGACUUUCAAGGACCCUCUCUAUUUAGUAAUGAUCCAUGAAUUAUCAAACAAAUACUGAGUCCAUGAUUUUAUGGUUUUUCAUGAAAAAACUAUGAAGAUUCUCACAUGAAACUCUUGAUUUAGUUUGGCAAUGAACAAAAUUUAAAGACUCAUGAUUUUGAUGGUGAUCAACUAAGGAAAGUAGUCAAACAGAAGUAAUUUCAGGACUUAGGAAGUAACUAGCAUGUGUGAGGCCCCAGGUUUAAUUUGUAGCACCACCCACACAAAAGUAAUUUCAAUGGAAUCACUUUUACUUUGAAUUAUAAGAGGCAGGUGAAGAAAGCCCUAGACCAGUGCUGACCAUUAGUUUUCUAUGAUAGAAGUGUUCUAUAGUUGCUAUCCAAUAACAAUAAUCACUAGGCACUCAUGGCUGGUGAACACUUGAAAUAUGGCUUGUGUGACUGAAGAACUGAAUUUUUCAUAUUUUAACUACUGCUGUCACUGCUCAUACUGGACAGCACAGCUCAAUAAUCAUAUAGGUCUAACUUAAUUGCUCUUACAGGAAUAAAGAAUAUUCCUCAGUUGUAUAUAUUUGGGAGGAAGAGGAAAACAUUGUAAACUAAUGUUAUAAAAAUAAGUGUUUAAAGAAAGGACUUAGAAAACAAGACAGUAAUAAAAUGCUACUUCUAAAUAAUUCAAAUAGAAUCAAUCUUUGAUUAUAGGUUUGAUCAAAUUGUGCUAAACAGCCUGUAUCUAGUCUUUUUACUAACUUGUCAAAUAAGUUGUUUUAAAUCUUAUUUAUUUUAAUUAUUAAAGCAAUACAUGUUCAGUGUUACAAAUAAUCACCAGGUGAAUAAAGUAAAGUGAAGCUAUCCACUACACUACCUACCAAAAUUCCCUUCUCCCAAAGAUAACUGUAGUCAAAAGUUUAGAGUAACUUUUCUUAUUUUUUUUCUAUGUCUAAGUACAUGUAGAAACUAAAAAACUUUUCAGCUUAAAAUGAUGGCUCUUGAAUCCCUUCAGGGAUCAACAAUAUGGGAAAUCAUACUGCUGCAUCAAAUUCAGGCUCUCCAACAUCAAAUGUGAAUUCACUAGCAAUUGUUAGGUGAUAAUUAGGCAUUGUAAAAGCCAGAAGAUGAGAAAUGAAAAAGGGUUUCUUUGUGAUUGUGGGUUUUUUUUUGUUGUUGUUGUUAUUGUGUUGUUGUUUGUUUUGAGGGAGUAGGAUCAAGAAAAAUUUUGGAAUGAUGCUUGAAAGAGAUCUUUAGGAAGUCAAAAGGUUGAACUCUACAUAACCAAAGACUUUGUAACAAAAUCCAUGUUGUUCCCAUGUUCUUCAUCUUUUGAGAUUAUGUUAGUUUUGUUUUUUACUUAGGCUUUUCUUGUGCUUUGUAGAGAAGCAUCUGCAUCACCUAGCUAUUAAUUUUUUUUUAUUUAUAGUGUUGUUGCCAACUAACAUAAUCCAUAUGGAAAAGAACGGUGCAUAGUUUAUAUGCAUAGGUAUUACAUAUAUGUACAUAUAUAUUCCUUAAAUUUUAAAAAAUAAGAAUUUUUGUUUCCUCAAAUAUCACAAAGAUGGCUGAGCACAGUGGUAUGUGCCAAUAAUCCCAGCAAUUCAGGAGCUGAGGCAGGGGGAUCACAAGUUUGAAGGUAGCCUGGGCAACUUGGCUGACCCUGUCUCAAAAAUAAAAAAGACUGAGGGUGUUGCUCAGUGGCAGAGCACCCCUGGGUUCAAUUCCCAGUAUCAAAAAAAAAAAAAAAAAAUGAAAAAAAAGAAAAUUGGCAACACCUUGCAAGUUUCCAUAUGGCAGUAACUCAAAUAGGACAGGCGCUCUCCACAUGAACCUGAUCAUACCAGUCUUGUCUUAGAAAAAUUGGUCACCUUUGCUGAUAUACAGAGAGCCUGUGCUUCUGCUCCCUUCAAGACUCAGGCAGAUCUUUGACCUAGCAUCAUUAUGUGUUGGUCUCUCUCAACCUGCCUGAAGGACCCAGGGGUAGUGGGUAAUGGCAGUGGUAAAGGCCCAAGUCUGGGUUUAAUAUCUGGAGCCAGACUAAAAUAGCAGCUAGUACGUUGAGCUCUAAGCCAAGACUCUGGACCUUUAGUCAUGUUUUAUUUCAAAGAGGAAAAGAAUACUAUUCUGUAACAUACAUGAAAAUCUAGUUAGUUUUAAUCUGGGCUGAGAAUCAGGACACCUGGUUUCCAUUUCUGACUUAUGCUCUUUGGAUCGAUAAGGAUGGUUAAACUAUCUGUAGGUCCCCUGCCAAACAGGAAAAAAACUGCACUUCUGAGCAAUUUGGGAAGAUUUAGAUAGCCUGGAAAAUGGAAAUGUUGUCUGUAACUUAGUGUGAUGUUGAAACUUGUGUUGUUUUUCAGGCACUUUUGGAACUAAACUGGAUGGUGUAUGUCUAGUUAUUGUCUGAUAAUGGAAGUUAUCACUCUGCUCCUAUAUUGGGAUGCAAAACAAGAGUCAUCCUGAUUAUGCUGGUACUUCCAGCAUAGACUUUACCACAGUGAUCAAUUCAUGAAACUCUGUGUUCUGAAAGUGGCCGCGAUCAGUGAAUUUGUACAAUUUGGUUUCCAACCUAUCUGCCACUUCUUGUUGUUCCUUCCAGGGAAGGAAGGGAUCAUCAGUGGAGCCAAACUGCACAAUGUGAGCGCAGUUGGCCUUGAUCUUCUCCCACUGCCAAGGACGGUUGAAGUAUCCUAUGGGGGGAAAAAUAACCUGUCAGUGCCCAUGAAUAAUCUCCCAUUUCAGACACUGUGAAAUAUCCAGCGGAGCCUCUUAGAGAGACACACAGGAUCAGGGUCCAUGGGUGAAUUAGAAGUACUUUUUUUUCAGACCUGCAGGGCUUUAUACCAUAGCUAUUUGUAAAGAAGGCGUAAAUGACUCAAAACCAGCCCUCUUAGAAUUCUGGCUGGAAAGAUGUCUACCACCUUUCAAAUUUCCUUAUAUCAAAAGAUAGGUGGUAAAUCCUUCUCAUAUACUAUUAGGUUUCCUUCCUUCCAUUUAUUCAAUUUUUAAAAUUUUUAAAAAAAUUUUAACCUUUCUGAAAGACAGUACUGUUUUAUAGACUGAACACAUAGCCCUGUCUAGAAGGACUUCUGGGGUUUCUGCCUUCAGACUUACCACUUGCACGCUCAUUUUCAUCCCCCAAAUCUGAUGUGUAUGCAGACACUAGUACAAUAGCAUAUACUGGAUGUGUUUCUGCAUAUCUGGAAAGAGAAAAAUGAUGUCAGCUAAUAUACAAUGUAAAGUCUGAUCAUCAAAAAUAAACCACCUAACUCAUUUAAUUUACAGGAAACAUCCUAUUGAAGUUGGUAUGAAAAAUAACAAGGAAAUUAUAGGACAAGCUCAACCCUGGCUGCUUGAUGAACUCCUACUCAUUUUUUAAGGAAGCCCAAACCUCUCUGGUGUAUGUGCAUUCAUCCACCUUUAAUAUGCAUUGGUAUUUUUUUUUUCAGAUCUGCAUAUUCCCCACUAAUCCCCAAAGGAUCUGAAUCAGGGGCUAGGGAUGAACACCCAGGAAUCUUUACCUGAAGGGAUGAUAUCUCCCCCAACCCAGGUGACUCUAAUGUGAGUGAUCUAUGAACCAUAUUUUAAGAAACUCAGUGUGAUAUGAGAAAUGUAUCUCUAUUACCACACUUUCCACAUUGCAUUAUAUUAUUCAUUUGUACUGUAUUACAUCUGUCCCUCAUUAAACUGCCUGUUCUUUAAGAGGAAGCUUGAGCAUUGUUGAUCUGUGUCUGGUACCUAGUACAGUGCCCAGCAAGUAGAUACCCAGUUAACUAUCUUUAGAUAGUACCCUCACUCAGCAAAAACUGGGCUAAGGAAAGAGAUGGAAUAGGAAUUGUUUCAAGAUGCCUUUGCGCCUCAAAACAUUUAGGGUUGGUAUUUUGUUCCUUGGUAUAAGCUUUUUCCCCCAACUGUUUAUUUUGAAAAAUAUCAAACCUACAGAAAAGCUGAAAGACCAAGAAGAAGCUAGAUUCAUUGCAUUUGUCACAUUUCACUCUUACUUUACAAUGUAUUUCUUAAGAACAAGGUCUUAUAUAGCUGCAGUACCAUUAUUAUACCCAAUAAACAUUGAUGAAGUAAUAUUACCUGUAUUAAUUUUUCCCCCAGUUGUACCAAAAAUAUCCUUUAAAACUGUUUUGCAAUCCUAGAUCAUCAAGGAUCUUGCAUUGCGUUUGAUUUUCUUGACUCCUAAGUCACUUUUAAAUCUUUUGUUUUAAGUGAUAUUGUUCAGUAAGAUUUUAGACCAGUUGUACACUACUCCCUCACCUGAAUUUGUUUGUUUUCUCAUAACUAGACUGAAAUUCAACAUUCUUGGUCAUGUGUCCUUCCAGCUCCAUCCUUUCAGGGGCACAUGGUGCCAGUCUAUUUCACUAUUGGUGAGGUUAAGUCCAAUCACUUGUUUAAGGUGACAUCCACCAGCUCUCUACAUUACUAUAAAGGCACAAUUUCCCCUCUGUGAUUAAUAAAUAAUGUAGGGUGGUUCUCUGUGAUUAUGUCAGUUUCCUUUCCCUUACAACCUUACACUGACAGUUUUGGCAUCCAUUUUUCUCCUUGCCUCUCUUAACUUCAGAAGGAAAUUUUUAGAAGGUUUUUGACAAUCCUGCAAUAAAUUCAGGGGUGAUUAAAAGAAGGCAAACCUCUAGAAAAAUUCAGUUAACCUUGAGUUUGGAUAGAUUUCAGCAAUAAAGGAAUCUUCAUUUUCUAGGCAACCCCUGGCAGCUUAUUAACAUCUUACACUAUAGAAGUACCACUAUUUUGUAGCUCUGUAUUGAAAAGCAUUAUUAUUCUUGCAGUUUUGAUCAUUAUGGCUACAAGGUUAUUGAAUUUGGCAAGAUUUCCUAAUGUGGUUCAUGUGAUAUCCUGAGUGAUUGCUUGGGGCAAAUGACUAUAUGGAAUAAAAACUAUUGUCCCCUGUCACCCAGUUAGGAAGCUACCUGAUAGUCUUAUUCAGUCAGCUAAGUCUCUGCCUGCUAAGGUGAGGGGAGAGAGGUGAGCAGGGAUAUGCCCAUCAACCCUAAGGACUAGGAGGUUGUAGAUAGGUGGGGGGGAACAGCCCCAACCCUCCAAGAAAUAUUUAUUAAGCAUCUACCAUAUGCCAGGUUCUCUUCUAGGCAGUGAGGUUUCAGUCUCACAGUAAACAAAGCCCACCUUCAUGGGGCUUCAUUCUCUUGGCAAGAAAUAAACAGGAUAUCAGAUGAUGAAAAGUGCUACAGAUAAUAAGCGAUAAAGAGGAUAGAAGCAGAGGGUGAGGCUGCUGUUUCAUGCACAGUAAUUAGACCAUACCAAAAGCAGACAUUCAAGCAGGACAUUGGGAAUUAAUAUCACCAAGGAGGUACAAUGAAAAUUAUAGAAUACUGAAGAAAGAAACUGAAGAAAACCUUUGAAGAUGGAAAGACAUCCCAUGUUCUUGGAUGGACAGAAUUAAUAUUGCCAAA